GAAACCACGACCUCCACGACCCAGCUCGGUUUUCUGAAAUAUGUGAAUGAAUCGAAGUUCCAGAAACAGUGACAGUAUUUAUCAUAAUGAGUCUUGUUCAGUCAGAGUGAUAAACGAGAGACAUAAUGCAGCAUCAUUAUGACAUCCAAAUCUAAACGUCAGCCUGUGAUGUGCUCAGAUUCAGACAGGAGAUAUUCAGAAGCUGUGGAGGCCCUUAUGUCUAUGAAGAUCCAGCAGGAAAUGGCUGGAAAUGACCAGCAGAGGGAGUUUCGGCCCCUGACACCGUCCUCUGAUGUCUGUGAAGAUCCAGUCACUGCUGAUUUACACCAGCCCACCUUUGUAACGUCAUGCAUGACUCCACCGUACAGCCCCGACUGCGAGCCGCACUUUGGGUCAAGGGUCACGGCUUCACCCGAGGCUCGAUCUCAAGCGGUCAGCGUGAUUCGGCACACGUCAGACGCAGACCGUGACUCAGCCAUAAACCCUCAUCCCCCAUCAGCCCCCGCUGCUGCAUCGGUGUCUGAUUCUCCUGCUGGAAACUCGCCAGCGCUUUCAGUCUUCCAGAUGCUUCCAGUGACCUGCAGCCCUCCUCCGGCGUCUGUGCUGUUUGUGGCCAAAGCUUCAGUCGUGGUGAUUCUGCCCCCUAAACAAACAGCCACAGCGCCUUCAUGCGGUUUGAAGUUUACCGCCAUCGCUCCCGCUCCAGCCAGCGAAUCGUCCGCAAACAGACCCGCGUCUAGAGCCGUCCCGUCGCGGCCCCGCGAUCACGUCUGCACUCAUCCCGACUGUGGGAAAACAUACUUCAAAAGCUCCCACCUGAAAGCACACCUGAGAACACACACAGGUGAGAAGCCAUUCAGAUGUUGCUGGGACGGCUGCUUUCGCCGUUUUGCCAGGUCUGAUGAACUGUCUCGUCAUCGGCGCACACACACAGGAGAGAAACGUUUCUCCUGCCCCAUUUGCCACAGCCGCUUUGUGCGCAGCGACCACCUGGCAAAACACGCACGCCGACAUCUAACAGCCCGGAGAAUGCCAGUGUGGCAGAAGGAGGUUUAUCGUCUUAACAGCAUCAACGCUGUGUGUCACAGCCUACAUCCUUUGGCACCCAAAACUGAGAGCUGACAGAGAGCUCUACUUAUCUCUACUUGUUUAUAUAUAUAUAUAUAUAUAUAUAUAUAUAUACACACUGCUGUUACAAAGUAUGGAACCAUUAGGAUCUUUUAAUGUUUUGAAAGAAGUCUCAUCAAUUCUGCAUUUCUUUGAUCAAAAAUACAAUAAUAAUUCUGAGAUAUUUUUACAAUUUAAAAUAGCUGUUUUCCAUGUGAAUACAUGUUAAAAUGUAAUUUAUUUCUGUUAUCAGAGGUGAAUUUUCAGCAUCAUUACUCCAGUCUUCUGUCACAUGAUCUUUCAGAAAUCAUUCUAAUAUGCUGAUUUGCUGCUCAACAAACAUUUUUGAUUAUUAUUAUGUUGAAAACAGUUGUGCUACUUCAUAUUUGUGUAGGAACAGUGAUACAUUUUAUUUUCAAGAUUUCAUGUUCAAAAGAACUUAAGACUGAAAUAAAUUACAUUUUAACAUAUUGACAAAAAACAACUAUUUUAACUUGUAAUAAUGUUUCACAGUAGUAUUUCAGAAAUCAUUCUAAAAUGCUGAAUUUGCUGCUCAAGAAACACUUCUUAUCAUCGGUGUUAUCUUAGUAAAUGUUGAAAUUAACAUUAAUGUUAAAAAAGAUCAAAAGCUGUUUCUGGUUUGGACUUGAACUAACAUGAACAAACAAUGAACAUUUUAUUAUUUAAUGUUAAAAUUCUGCAACAAAUGUAUUGUUAGUUAAUGCAUUAACUAACGGGCCAUUAUUAUUAAGUACUACUUUGUUAGUUUCUGCCAUCAUAUUGGACAGUUGGAAUGUUUUGCAUAUAUAAAUAAAUAAGAACCUUUUUUAAA